GUGAAUAUAAAGCCAACCCCUUUCACUCACUAACUCCCAUCAAUUGUAGAGACAUUAAAUUUUUUGAAAUGGAGCAUAGAGAAGAGGAUGUGAGAUUAGGUGCUAAUAAAUACUCAGAGAGGCAAGCAAUUGGAAUAGCAGCACAGAGUGAAGACAAGGACUACAAAGAGCCACCACCAGCUCCCCUGUUUGAACCAGGGGAGUUGAUGUCGUGGUCCUUUUAUCGUGCUGGAAUUGCUGAAUUUGUGGCUACUUUCCUCUUUCUUUAUAUCACUGUUUUAACCGUCAUGGGCGUUUCUAAAUCCGAUUCCAAAUGUUCAACGGUUGGAAUUCAAGGCAUUGCUUGGGCUUUUGGUGGCAUGAUCUUUGCCUUAGUCUACUGCACUGCCGGCAUUUCAGGGGGACACAUAAAUCCGGCAGUGACAUUUGGGCUUUUCUUAGCGAGGAAAUUGUCAUUGACAAGGGCAGUAUUCUACAUGGUGAUGCAGUGCCUUGGAGCUAUCUGCGGUGCUGCUCUUGUCAAAGCGUUUGGAAAGACACUUUACCAAACUAAGGGUGGAGGAGCCAAUGUUGUAAAUGUUGGUUACACAAAGGGUGAUGGCCUGGGCGCUGAAAUUAUCGGCACAUUUGUUCUUGUCUACACUGUUUUCUCUGCUACUGAUGCCAAGCGUAGUGCUCGUGAUUCUCAUGUCCCUAUCUUAGCACCAUUGCCUAUUGGAUUUGCGGUGUUCCUAGUGCAUUUGGCUACAAUUCCAGUCACUGGAACUGGUAUUAACCCAGCUAGGAGUCUUGGCGCAGCAGUCAUCUAUAACAAUGAACAAGCAUGGAAGGACCACUGGAUAUUCUGGGUUGGACCAUUCAUUGGCGCAGCUUUAGCGGCUCUAUACCACCAAGUUGUGAUCAGGGCAAUCCCAUUCAAGUCCAAAUGAAGGAUCUGAAUUCAAUCAUUUUCCUUUGUUAUCUUAUUUGUCUUUUUGUAUUUAUAUUAUUAUUAUAAGUAGAAGCAUGUAUGUAAUUGCCGCAUAUGUUUUAAAUGGACUUUUGCUUUUCAGCAAGUCCAUUACACAACAUGCUAAUGGGCCCAAUAAAACAAAAGUACCUUGCCUUUUCCAAAUAA